AUGAAGUUCCGAAGUGUGUUUGAAGGAAUUCCAAUGCAGGGCAGCCCUUCCUCUCUGGAGAGGAUCUACACAGAGGUUUACAUCACGGAGGGAGAAUGUGUAGAGGUCAGUAAUCAACAUGAGGUUAGACAGAUGGAAAUGACAUCCAAAACACACGUAACAAAGGUGGACACACCCAUCAAAUACACAGACAUUUUCAAACUAUUACCUGGACAAGACAAAUCCAUCAGAACAGUGCUGACAAAGGGGGUAGCUGGAAUUGGCAAAACAGUCUGUGUGCAGAAGUUCAUUCUGGACUGGGCUGAAGGACGAGCCAAUCAGGACAUUCACUUCCUGCUUCCUGUGCCUUUUCGGGAGAUAAAUUUAAUGAAACAGAAGGACUACUCUCUUGAGGACUUCAUCCAUCACUUUUUCAGGGAAACGGAUGGCCUUCUGUUUUCCACUGACGACAAAUACAAUAUUGCCUUCAUCUUUGAUGGUCUGGAUGAAAGCCGACGCCCUCUGGAUUUCCAGAAUAAUGAAAGCAUCUACAGUGCAUCAGAAUCUGCUUCUGUCGAUGUCCUUUUCACAAACCUCAUCAAGGGGAAUCUGCUUCCCUUGGCUCUCGUGUGGAUUACCUCCCGACCAGCGGCAGCUAGUCAGAUCCCUCCUGAAUUUGUUGACCAGUUGACAGAAGUACGGGGUUUCACUGACUCACAGAAGGAAGAAUACUUCGAGAAGAGAAUCACAGAAAAGGAAAUGGCCAGCCGAAUCAUUACACACCUUAAGUCAUCCAGGAGCCUCUACAUCAUGUGCAACAUUCCAGUCUUCACUUGGAUUGCUGCCACUGUUCUGGAGUUUAUCCUGACAGAAGCUAAGAGUGAAAAGAUUCCAUCUUCCUUGACUCAGAUGUACACAUAUUUCCUCAUCAUACAAGCCAAGCACAUUAGUCAGAAGUACAAAGACAUCUGGAACCUGAAGACCAUUCUGUCCCUGGGCCAACUGGCUUUCCAGCAGCUGGAGAAGGGGCAUCUGAUCUUCUAUGAAGAUGAUCUGAGAGAGUGUGGCAUGGAUGCCAAAGAGGCCUCAGUAUACUCAGGAGUCUGCACCCAGAUCUUCAGGGCGCAGGAUGGGCUGGAUCAGGAGAAGGUGUUCUGCUUUGUUCAUCUGAGCAUUCAGGAGUUCCUGGCAGCUUUAUAUGUGUUUUUGCACAUCAGCAGGAGAGAGAGCAACAUGCCCAAUAUGACUGCUCAAAGCCAAACCUCUCAGCUAUAUUCACUGCUCAGUGCUAGCAAACUCCAUGAGCUUCAUCAGACUGCAGUGGACCUGGCCUUGAAGAAUGAGAAUGGACACCUGGACCUUUUCCUGAGAUUUCUCCUGGGCCUCUCACUGGAAUCCAAUCAGAAACUCCUACUAGACCUUCUGCCACAUACAGUAAGCAGCACACAGGACACAGAGGAAACAAUCAAGUAUGUCAAAGACAAGAUCAGGGAAAACCCAAAUCCAGAGAGAUGCAUCAACCUGUUCCACUGCCUGAAUGAACUGAAUGAUGAUUCUCUGGUGAAAGAGGUCCAAGGGUACCUGUGUAAGGGAAAGUUAUCCAGAGAAGAUUUCUCUCUUUCCCAUCUGUCAGCUCUGGCAUUUGUGCUACUCAUGUCAGACCAGGAAGUGGGGGAAUUUAUCCUGUGGGAUUAUGGGAAAAAUGGCAGAUCAGACGAAGGUCUACUGAGGAUGCUGCCUGUGAUCAAAAGAUCAAAAAUAGUGAAGCUGAAGUGUUGUGGACUCACAGAGAGGAGCUGUUUAUUCAUAGCUUCAGCUCUCAGAUCAAACAAUUCAAGUCUGACACAGCUUGACCUGAGAGGCAACAAUCUGGGAGAUUCAGGAGUGAAGUUUAUUUUUACUGGACUGAAUCAUUCAAACUGCAAACUGGAGGGACUUAAGCUAUGGAAAUGCAACCUCACAGAGAGGAGCUGUUUAUCUCUAGCCUCAGCUCUCAGAUCAAGUCCUUCCAGCCUGAGACAACUGCACCUGAAUGACAAUAAUCUGGGAGAUUCAGGAGUGGAGCUGCUGUCUACUGGACUGGAGCAUACAAAUUGUAGACUGGAGACACUGACGCUGCAGUGUUGUGACCUCACAGAGAGGAGCUGUUCCUCUCUAGCCUCAGCUCUUAUAACAAAGUCUUCCAACCUCACACAUCUAAAUCUGAGUGCCAAUUAUCUAGGAGAUCCAGGAGUGGAGUUGCUGUCUACUGGACUGGAAUAUCCAAACUGUAGGCUGGAAACACUGGAGCUGUAUAGCUGUAAUCUCACAGACAGGAGCUGUGUCUCUGUAGCUUCAGCCCUCAGAUCAAACUCCUCCAGUCUGACAGAGCUAGACCUGAGAGGCAAUAGAAUUCAUCAGUCUGGAGUGGGGCUGCUCUUCGCUAUACAGAACGACCCAACAUAUAAAUUGAUCAAACUGUGGUGGUAA